AUGGGACGACCAAGGAAACACGUCUUGACGGUGACCGCUGAAAACUUAGGUAGUGAUAACUUGCGAAUUACACGUUCCCCUUCCGCACAGGAUAGCCCCAAUUCAAUCUCAGAUUAUUUUGUAUUGAAAGGCUCGUCUCCUUCCAUACCUCGCGCUCGACCUACCGGUCGAGACUUGGAGAUACGAAACUUGAUCGACAAAUAUUUCGCCAUUCCUCAUCACUUUGUGCCUGUCCUUCGACCCAGACAGGAGUUCCUGCUUAACCUUCCAACAACCCAUUUCCUGACUACCAGCAUCCUGGCAUUCGCCUCGCGGUAUGCGUACCGCACCUCUGCCAAUGACUAUCGAGAGCUCGCACUGUCUCAAGCGACGGUGACUAACGAAGCGGUCGAACGACCGGUUGAAUAUGCUCAGGCCAUGCUGUUACUUACCUACCUUGAAUACGGGCUAGGCAAUGUCAGCAACGCAGCCAGCCUGAAUAAGCAGGCCGUAGAACACAUCAUCAAACAAGGCUGGCAUACGCUUGAUCGUGCAGACGGUCCAGCAUGUACGGAUAUAUUCCAGGGUGCCGCGGGCGGGCUAGUUUCCCUUAAACGCAGUUGGAACAGAGACGGCGAACGUAAUAGAUCUCAGGCCCCAGAAUCACAGAAUGGCCCCGAGAGGUAUACAGAUGGUCGGUGUGAAGAGCGUAGACGCAUCGUUUGGGAGCUGUGGAUCCAGGACUUGUUGCUAAGUAUUACCAGUGGCACCCCGCGUUACCUCGCAGAAUCCGAGUUUGCGGUGCAUUUCCCGAGAGAUACGAUAAAUUCUGCUUUUCCUUCGCUUUUCUACCCAUUGCGCAUCAAGUCGUUUAUGUUUCUUGAACACGCGAUGGCGUUCCCCACGUGUACAACGCUCCAAUUGCGAGAAGAAAACACACAGAGACUUUUGAUGCUUGAUACGUUUAUCGACAACGCUUUGCUUGAGGGACUCCAAACCUGGUCAGAUGCCGUAAAGGGUAUGAAUGAUCAAGACACCAAAGUGGAGUGGCAAACUGUUCGUACGACAUGUUUCAUGUCCCUUUUAGUUCUCAAUGCAGCAAUGAUCCAUUUGCAUCACCGUUAUGCCAUCCCGAAUCUUCAUUUUAAUUUCAAUGUCUGUUCCGUGGCCCCCACGGCCAGCGGGCUUGCGGCAUUAGCUGCUAUCGCCAAUGGAACUCAGCCGAUGCAAGCAACGCCUACAGAUGACACACCUCCACUCGAAAUUCCUCCAGCUUCAGUUGCCAAGAUCACCACGUCUUCGCGGUCCAUUCUCACCCUCUUCCGGGACUCCCAACGAGCUGCUCUUGCUCAAUGCAUACCUACUUUGCAUCCGGCUCCAGGGGACGCUAUCUCCGGACCUGCAGAUGUGACACCCGCCCAAAUGGACGAUAUACUCAGGCAAUCUCCGUUCUGCGGGUGUUCCCAGGUGAUUGCGUGUUUUGGUAGUGCGAUAGAGGUUGCGACGGCAGGGGAGAAAUAUCAAGCGCUGGCCGCAUAUAGCAACCUUGAAACGGCAACUCACAUUUUGAAAAGGCUGAAGAGCUUGUGGCCCGUGGCAGGUGCCUACGAAGAGGAGCUUACCAAAUGCCACACGGCGGUACAGAGUGCGUUGCAGGACUGGUAA